AUUGCCACACCGUACCGACGCCACCGCAGACGGAGGCUCGAUCGACAUGGGAUCCUUCCAGGCGUGUGAGACAUGCACCGAAGCACCGCCAGCGACCACAUCCAACGACGAACAGCUCAACAGGCUUGUGGAGAUCACGGACUUGGAAGAAGUUAAAGUUCCGGCCAUGGCUGAUGAAUCAGGAACCAACGCGCAAGGUCCGGUGGUACUUCCAGAAACUCCCAGUGAAGACGACGCUUCCUCACCACAGCCUGUCCUUCCGGACCCUCCUCUUGAGUUCUCAACACCUUCAGACGUUGUUGACGCGAACCAAAGCGACAUGUUGGAUGAAACCACUGCGAUUCCGACCACGUCGCUCGUCGCUGCAGUUGUUUCGGCUGUAGCCAAAGAAGUGGCAGGCCAAACGAAGAAUGCCAUCGAAGCAGCAACGUCAUCACAAGCGCAAGCGUCGCUAUUAACAGGCGUAUCGGAUUCGUCGUCGCAGCUCAAGAAGCCGUUCUCGCUGACAUGGGUCAUGUACGACGUCGACGAUCCAUUUGGCCAGCUCUUGGCGCUUGUCACACUCUCUCCAGUGUUCAUCAUGGUCAUGUAUGCGACGCUGCUCGUCUUCCAGCGGGAUCUUCACAUCGCGUUCCUUCUCCUCGGUCAGCGAACGAUUGAUCAAAAACGCCCCGACGGAGCGGAUAUGGAGGACGCUGGCAUGCCAUCAGCGCACAGCCAGUUCAUGGCGUUCUUCGCCACGUACGUAGUCUUGUACACGUCCAAUCGCAUGAGCAAGCGCCGAGAAUGGGAGCAAAAGCUUGCCAUCGUGGGCGUGAUCGUACUGGCGCUGCUCGUGUUCGUGUCGCGCAUUCGACUAGGGUACCACAGCAUCGCGCAAGUGCUUGUCGGAGCCACCGUCGGUGCUGGCACGGGCAUCUUGUGGUACAUCUUCAUGGAAAACAUUGCCAUGCCCAUGUUUCCCGCGAUUGCGUCAUGGGACAUCUCUCAGCGCCUCUUCAUUCGAGACUGCACCCACAUCCCCGAUCUCGUUGUUUUUCACCACAGGAUGACGCAGCGGGCGGGCGAGGCGCCACCGCCCGUGAACGCCAAAUACCACGGCAUGUAACUCGCUUAAACAAAUACGACUACUUGCUGCCCCGUGCGAACGUCGGUCAGCCGCACGGGUUCAAGUGUGGUGGUGGCCGUUCGCUUGGGUGUUGCUGCUCCCACGGUGGACCGUGC